AUGCAUAUGAGACUUUACACUGGUGAAACAACUUAUCAAUGUGAAGUUUGUAGUAAACUGUUUAUAUUAAAAGGUGCUUCACAGGAUAUUACAAUGGAAGUUGCAAUUACCGAACCAUUAAAUGCACCCAAAUUACAUGUGAAAACAUGUACUGGUGCUCCACCGGAUAUUACAAUGGAAGUUGCAAUUACCAAACCAUUCAAUGCUCCCAAAUUAUGUUUGAAAACUUGUACUGGUAAAAGAUCAUAUAAAUGUGAAGUUUGUAGUAAGUUGUUUACUACAAAAGGUAAUUUAAAGAUGCAUAUGAGACUUCACACUGGCGAAACACCUUAUAAAUGUGAAAUUUGUAGCAAGCAAUUUAGUCAUCUAAGUAGUUUUAAUUAUCACAAGAGAGAUCACACUGAUGAAAAACCUUAUAAAUGUGAAAUUUGUACUGAAAAGUUUUUUUCGAGAAGUGAAUUAAAUAUUCAUAUAACAAUUCAUACUGGUAAAAAACAUAAAUGUGACAUUUGUAGUAAGCAGUUUAUUACGAGAAGUAAACUAAGUGCUCAUAUGAGAAUUCACACUGGUGAAAAACCUUAUAAAUGUGACAUUUGUAGUAAGCAUUUUAUUGCAAAAGGUAGUUUAAACCACCAUAUGAAGGUUCACACUUGCGAAAAAUCUUUUAAAUGCAAAAUUUGUAGUAAGCAUUUUAUUACAAGUAGUAACUUAAACCUUCAUUUGAGAAUUCACACGGGUGAAAAACCUUAUAAAUGUGAACUUUGUAAUAAGCAGUUUACUCAAAACAGUAAUUUAAAUACGCAUAUGAGAGUUCACUCUGGUGAGACACCAUAUAAAUGUGAAAUUUGUAGUAAACAGUUUACUACAAACGGUAAUUUAAACCACCAUAUGAAAGUUCACACUGCUGAAAAAUCUUUUAAAUGUGAAAUUUGUAGUAAGCAUUUUAUUACAAAAGGUAAUUUAAACUACCAUAUCAAAGUCCACACUGGUGAAAAACCUUACAAAUUAAUGUGA